AUGGAAGGAGGUGAUAGCGGCAGUGGAGGAGGUGUUGGUGGUGUGAACAUGGAGGAGUUCUCAAAGACAGUAAAUCCAAAGAAUGGAAUGUACGUCGUUGCUAAAGGACUCACAUCAACAAUAGGUUCUGCAAAGAAAAAGACAGAGAAGAAUAUAUUACAAGACUUGAGUUUCUUCCUCAAGCCUGGUUCAAUGGUUUUGAUGCUAGGAUCACCAGGUUGUGGAAAGACAUCAGUGUUUAAAGCAUUGGCACAUCAGACACAUGAUGAGAGAUUGUCUGGCACAUUGUUGUUCAAUGGCCAGCCGGCACAUGAUGACACUCACCAUCAUGAUGUGUCUUAUGUUGUACAGGAGGAUAACCAUAUGGCUCCAUUCACAGUGCGUGAGACUUUCAAAUUCAGUGCCGACUUGCAGAUGAAGCCAGGCACCACAGAUCGCGAGAAGGAGGAGCGUGUCAGCAGCAUUCUAAAGACACUGGGUCUCGUCUCACAGGCAGACACCAUCGUCGGUAAUGAAUUCCUUCGUGGAAUCUCUGGUGGACAAAAGAAGCGUGUUACAAUCGGUGUGGAGAUGGUCAAGGAUUCCAACCUUAUCCUGAUGGACGAGCCCACAACUGGCCUCGACUCGGCAACCUCCCUCGAGCUGAUGGAGUACCUCAAGCAAAAGAUCACCACAGACAACAUAUCAUGUCUGAUCGCUCUUCUUCAACCCGGUGUGGAGAUCACCAAACUGUUUGACUUCCUCAUGAUCCUGAGCGAGGGCCAGAUGGCCUACUUUGGACCCAUGAACUCUGCCAUCCCCUACUUUGAGUCUAUGGGCUUCCAACUGCCCUCGCAUCACAACCCCGCCGAGUUCUUCCAAGAGAUCGUCGACGAGCCCGAGCUCUACUACCAGGGCGAGGGUCAGCCACCCCUCCGUGGCACCGCCGACUUUGUCUCGGCCUACAAGAACUCGGACAUCUACCGCGCGGUCAUCAACGACAUUGACCACAACCAGGUGGACCCAUCACAUUUCAAGGACCACUCAGACCUGCCGUGCUACUCGACUCCCAUGCACUACCAGAUCCGACUGACCACCCAACGUGCCUUCAAGAUGUUGGUCAGCAACCCUAUCUCACUGCGUGUUCGUGUGGCCAAGUCCAUUGUCAUGGGCCUGAUCCUCGGAUCACUUUACUAUCAAAUGGGACUCACUCAAACCGAUGGCAACAACAGGUCUGGUCUGAUAUUCUUUGCUCUGCUCUUUGUGGUCUUUGGAGGUUUUGGUGCAAUCACAGUUCUGUUUGAACAGCGAGGCGUGUUCUACAUACAGAAAGACGGCAAAUACUAUCACACGUUUGCCUUCUUCAUGUCACUGAUCUUCUCCGAGCUGCCCAUUGCCUUGCUAGAAUCUGUCGUCUUCUCCGCCUUUGUCUACUGGAUGUGUGGGCUGCAACACGACGCCGUCAAGUUCAUCUACUUUGUCUUGAUGAUCUUUGCGUCAGACUUGGCAGCACAAUCAUUCUUCAAGAUGGUGUCAACAUUCACGCCCAACGCAACGAUCGCUUCGGUUCUCGCCCCUGCCGUGCUGGCCCCACUCAUCUUGUUUGCUGGCUUCAUGAUUCCUCACCCAUCGAUUCCAAACUGGUGGAUCUGGAUGUACUGGAUCUCACCAAUUCACUAUUCAUUCGAGGGUCUCAUGUCCAACGAGCAUCAUGGACUCAACUACCAUUGCAAUGGUGGCGAGCUGGUCCCACCAUCAUUCAUUGCCGACGUCCUGUUCAACGGCACUCAGGUGUGCCCCAUCACCCAUGGCGAUCAAUUCCUCGACAUCCUCGGCUUUGCUAAGAACGACUGGUUCAAAUGGAUUGAUCUGGCAAUCGUCUGCGCCUUUGCCAUCUUGUGGAGUGCUAUGAUGUACUUGUUCCUCGUCAAGGUGCACUAUGACCCACGCGCCAACAAUGCCGCCGCAGAGAAACUCAAUCAGAAGCGUAUGAAGCGUGCCAAUGCCGCAGCGCUCAAGGAGCACAAGGUCAAGGUACACCAUGAUCACGAGCACAAGCACGCCAGAGUCAAGAAGGACAUCCCGAUUGGUUGUUACAUGCAGUGGAAGGAUCUGGUCUACGAGGUCGAUGUCAAGAAGGGUCGCAAGACUCAGCGUCUCAGACUGUUGGACCGCAUCAAUGGAUACGUCAAGCCCGGAAUGCUCCUGGCACUUAUGGGACCAUCUGGCGCUGGAAAGUCAACCCUGCUCGAUGUCUUGGCCAACAGGAAGACUGGCGGCCACAUCAAGGGUGACAUUCUGAUCAACGGUGCAGAGCGUACCAAGUUCUUCACUCGUAACUCGGCCUAUGUCGAGCAGAUGGAUGUGUUGCCACCAACACAAACAGUGCGCGAGGCCAUCCAAUUCUCUGCAAAGACUCGUCUUCCCAGUGAUAUGCCAAUGGAGGAGAAGUUGGCCUUUGUUGAGACCAUCUUGGAAACACUCAGUCUCCUAAAGAUCGCCAACAAGGUCAUUGGAAAGGGUGAUGAGGGUCUGUCUCUGUCCCAGCGCAAGCGUGUCAACAUUGGUAUCGAGCUGGCCUCUGAUCCCCAGUUGAUUUUCUUGGACGAGCCAACAUCUGGCCUGGACUCAUCUGCCGCACUCAAGGUUAUGAACCUGAUCAAGAAGAUCGCCAUGAGUGGACGAUCAAUCAUUUGUACAAUCCAUCAGCCAUCUACAUCCAUCUUCAAGCAGUUUGACCAUCUCCUCCUCCUCAAGAAGGGUGGAGAGACUGUGUUCUUUGGACCAACUGGAGAGAAGAGUGCUGUCGUCCUUGAGUACUUUGCACACCAUGGACUGAUCUGUGACCCAUUGAUGAACCCAGCAGACUUCAUUCUUGAUGUAACAGAGGAUGAGAUCCAAGUUGUGCUCGAUGGAGAGUCAAGCAUGUUCCAUCCAGUCGAGGCAUUCAGAGAGUCGCCACUCAACGCUGCGUUGAUGGAGCAAGUCAAUCAAGGAGUCAUGCCACCAGGCACCCCUGUUCCCGAGUUCCACGGCAAGUACUCCAGCACGAUCGGUACUCAGUUCCAUGUUCUGUUCAGACGUGCAUGGCUCGCACAGAUCCGUCGUACCCAAGACAUCAGAUCACGUUGUGGCCGUUCAAUUAUCCUUGGUGUGAUCUUUGGCACACUCUUCCUUCAGAUGGACAAGAACCAAGCUGGCAUUUACAAUCGUAUAUCACUUCUAUUCUUCUCAUUGGUCUUUGGUGGUAUGGCCGGUAUGAGUACCAUCCCCAUCGUCAACACAGAGCGUGGUGUGUUCUACCGUGAACAAUCAGCUGGCAUGUACCGCAUUUGGAUCUGGCUGUUGACAUUUAUCAUUACCGAUCUGCCCUGGGUGCUCCUGUCCGCCCUGCUCUACACCAUCCCCGUGUACUUCAUCUCUGGCCUGUACCUGGGCGCACAUGGCGCACCAUUCUUCUACCACUGCUUCAUCUCAUUUACUACCUAUCUUAACUUCUCGUUGGUGGCCAUGCUGUUUGCCAUGAUCUUCCCAACUGAUGAGGUGGCGCAGUCGAUGGGUGGAGUGCUGCUGUCUAUCACAGCACUGUUUGCAGGUUUCAUGAUUCCCCCUGGCUCCAUACCCAAUGGCUGGAAGUGGCUCUACCAUCUGGACUUUAUCAAGUACCCACUCGAGGUGUUCUUGGUCAAUGAGUUCCGCGACAUCUCAUUCGGCUGUCCAAACAACGAGGGCGCUGUUCCAGUUGUCCCAGGUGGAUUCUUUUGUCCAAUCACCAAGGGUACCAUCAUCCUAAACCGAUACGAGAUGAAGGAGGACCAUCUCUACACCAACAUCGCCAUCAUCUUUGGCUUCAGUAUAUUCUUUACCCUGUGCAGUUACCUUGCUCUCAGGGUCAUUAGACAUCAAGUUAAAUAA